CUCGCAUAUGCUCCUGACCCGCCCGUCCAUCUCGACCUUCUGUUCCAAGCCCACUCUCAGCCUCAUCCGACUCUCACUUCCGCGAGCUCACACGAAAUCUAUCCGAAUGGCGUCCGCAGAUAACGCCUUCGCUGUACAAGAGGCUGCCAAACAUGCUACUGCGCAAGUAGAGGCUGCAAAGAGAAAGGCAGCCUUCAAAGCUGUGGAGGAACACUUCAAGUCAGACAUGCAAUUCGUGGGCAUUGGCUCUGGCAGCACCAUUGUCUAUGGAGUGGAAGCCAUCAAGGCACAUUUGGAGAAAUAUCCUCCCCCGCCAGGACACCGAAAUUGGUUCGUGCCAACGGGUUGGAAUAGUAGAAAGGUCAUUGAACAGUUUGGUCUGGAUCCAUUGGCUUUCGAUUCAAUUCCUGCCAAAGCCCAAAUUGAGGUGGCCUUCGAUGGCGCCGACGAGGUCGACGCAGAACUCAACUGCAUCAAAGGUGGCGGAGCCUGUUUGUUCCAGGAGAAAUUGGUUGCACGCAUGUCCAAGAAGUUCGUCUGCAUAGCCGACUACCGCAAGAACCAGGAACGUCUUCUUACCAUGUGGCCAUCCAUUCCCAUCGAAAUCGCACCUAUCGCCCACGCCUACGUGCUGCAGGAACUUCUUCUUCUCGGAUCCAUCAAGCCUGCUCUGCGUGAACACACUCUAUCGAAAACAGGUCCUGUACAGACCGAUCAGAGUUUCUACAUCGUGGACGCCCCUUUCAAGACUCUUCUCACGCAGGCUGAUGUCGCUGCUGGAAAGGGAAAGGGCGACGGCACAGAUGGAGUGUGGUCAGUUGACGCACUCGCCGCCGCGAUCAGGAAUAUCGAAGGUGUGUUGGAAGUGGGAUUGUUUCAGGGAGAGAACGGCAUCCAUGCACAGGCAGAAGGGCGACGAGGCGGUCAAAAGCCUGUUGCUGUGUACUUUGGACUGGAGAACGGUGAAGUCGAGAUCAAGAGAUCAUCGGAGCUCGUUGCGCAACUGGAAGCAGAUGGAAAAGCUUGAGACAGUUCCAGCUCGACUACACCUACAUCUGUUCCCGGACAUGGCAACAGCGGCCAUCACAACAUAACUUGGCUACGGUACCUUAUGCUCGACCCGUGAUGAUUGAGCUCUGGAAGACCACGAAUACAACAGUCAGUCACAAGGCCGGUGCAUGGACAUAAGUGGCCAUGGCAGUGCUGCGCUGGUCGCUUCGAACUGCCUGUCCGACGAAAAUAGAAAAGUGGAGUCGGCACGGCACCCCAUCUUCUCUCCGCACUUUUGUCUCCCGUGUUGUUCAGGUCCCUGCCUGCAACCUCACUCCGUCGAAACACUCCCUUCGCAACAUGAUUGGGCGAACACAACUGCGAUAUGCUCGCUCGGUCUCCUUCCCGUGCUUGCGCUUGUUUUUCGCCCAGACCAGAACAAUGAUGAGUGACCCGACAUCUCCGCGACUGACACAGCGUGACGCUUUUCUUCACACGCGAUCCUCGCGUGCCAUUCAGCCGACACGUCCCCACGCGAAGGAUUCGUACAUGAAGCCACUCUGGCGUUGAUCAUUUCCAUACUGAGUAUCGCGUUUGACCAAGAGAGACGAGGUAGCCCAGUUCUGGGGAAUGUAACCCAAGCAUUAAUACCGCCCAUUGGCAAGAUCAGGUUAAGUAGAUCUUGCUUGCUCUUCUUUCUCUCUUUCACUCCAUCCAUAUUCCUUCGGUUGUUGUCACGGGGUUGUGGAAAAACAAAAUGGCGAAACUGAUGCAGUAUAAUAUGUUUGGGCGAGGUCGGAGUCUUCGAUGGGCCAUCACGAUGGCGUGUCAGAUUGCGGUAGGGCUGAUCGAUGUAUAUGUGCGCUCAAGGCGUGAGCGCGGGACUGACGAGCACAGUUCAUUCUCUUCGGCUACGACCAAGGUGUCUUCAGCGGCAUUGUGGGCAAUGAACAUUUCAGAGAAACUUUCGGCAAUCCUGGAAGUGCAGAGGAGGGCAUCAUUGUUUCGAUUUACAACCUGGGAGCUUUCGCCGGUUGCAUAGUCAACUUCUUCAUCGGCGAGAGGAUGGGUAGGAGGUUGUGUAUGUGGGUUGCUAUGGGCUUUAUCAUCGUUGGAGCAAUCCUGCAAACCACUUCAUAUGGCGUACCUCAAGUGCUCAUCGCACGCUUUAUUACUGGCAUUGGCACGGGAAUCGAAACCUCUACUGUGCCGAUGUACCAAUCUGAGCUCUGCGACGCCGACAAACGUGGCCGUCUGGUGUCCUCGGAACCACUCUUCGUGGGAGUCGGCAUUGUGAUUGCUUAUUUCUUCGACUAUGGCAUGAGCUUCACACCGGGAAGCGCUGCCUGGCGAGUGCCUAUUGCCUGCCAAGUUAUCCCCGCUUUCGUGGUGAUCGCUCUGGUCUUUGGCCUUCCGGAAAGUCCAAGGUGGCUUUAUGCGCGCAACAGGAACGACGAGGCGUUACAAGUCAUGUGCGAUGUAUGGGAUAGUGGUCCGGAUGGCGAGAAGGUGCAGAAGAUGCAAAAAGAUAUUCUUGGCGCCCUGGAGUUGGAACGACAGCAUGGUGAAUACCAAUGGAGAGAUAUUCUCAAACGUGAUGAGGUCCAGACUGGACGCAGAGUUUUGCUUGCAUAUGGCAUGCAGUUCAUGAAUCAGAUGGGUGGUAUCAACCUCGUCGUAUACUACGUGCCUUCGGCUUUGGAGAACAACGUCGGUCUGACUCGCAACCUUUCCUUGCUGAUAGGAGGCGCAGUGCAAUGCAUGUUCUUCGUUGGCUCACUCGUACCAACCUUCUUCCUCGACCAAAUGGGACGCCGGCGACCGAUGAUGUGGGGAUCUCUUGGCCUCGCUCUGUCCAUGAUGAUGAUUUCCAUUUUGCUCAGUUUCCAGCGACCGCAAUGGGAGGGCACAGCUACUGCCACCAAGACCGCCGAAGCUAGUGUGGCCUUUUUCUUCACUUAUAUGCUGAUAUUUGGCGCUACUGCGAACUGCAUCCCAUGGGUAUACGUUCCAGAGAUUUUGCCGCUACAUGCUCGUGCGAAGGGUACAGCAGUCGGGAUCUCCAGCAAUUGGCUGUGGAACUUUUUCGUGGUCAUGAUCACACCAACACUGCUGGGCAGCUUAGCCUGGCAAGGCUACCUCAUCUUCAUGGCUCUCAACUUCUCCUUCAUCCCGCUGAUCUACUUUUUCUAUCCCGAAACCACCAAUCUCACUCUGGAAGACAUCGACUUUUUAUUCACGGAAGAUGGUGCCGAUGGAUUGCCCAGGUUGGGAAGAAAGCGUCGACCAGUACAAGAGAGUGUGAGGCCCAGUAGUGAGGAGAUGGCACAAGAUGUUGAGAAAGGUCGAUUGUCGACUGGAGGAGAGCAGUUGGAACAUGUGGAACGGGUUGGGGAGAAGUCGACUUAGAGAUCAUGAGGUAUCCAGUAGUUCAGUCCGAUAGAUUGCCAGGCGGCGAUAUAUACGUAUACAUGAACAUGCCGAGGCCUCUUA